AUGUCUUCGAAAACCGCCACCGAUAUCCUCGCGGCUCUGCCAUUGCCCAGCAUAGACAGGCCUUUUGGCGUCCAUCUAUGGCCCAUCUUCGAUAAGGCCUUCAGCGCCAUCAAGGGCUAUUCACCGCAGGACUUCGACUUCCAGCCUCGAGUUACCCCCAUGUCGACCUUGAAAGAGAGCGGAUUCGCGAUUCUUGCAUACUACAUUAUAAUUCUGGGUGGGAGAGAGUUGAUGCGCAAUCGACCAGCCUUCAAGCUGAACACCUUGUUCAUGAUCCACAACUUCUACCUCACCAGCAUCAGCGCAAUUCUCCUGGCGUUGUUCCUCGAGCAGUUGAUCCCCACUCUGUACAACCAUGGUCUUUUUUUCACUAUCUGCGAGAAGGCUGGUGGAUGGACUCCUCAACUUGUCAUUCUAUACUAUCUCAACUACCUCACCAAGUACCUCGAGUUGAUUGACACCGUCUUCCUUGUCUUGAAGAAGAAGCCAUUGACCUUCCUUCACUGCUACCACCACGGCGCAACUGCCCUUCUCUGCUACACCCAAUUGAUCGGAUUGACCUCAGUAUCAUGGACUGUCAUCUCCCUCAACUUGUUUGUGCACGUUGUCAUGUACUGGUACUAUUUCCAAAGUGCGCGUGGUAUUAAGAUCUGGUGGAAGGAGUGGAUCACCCGUCUUCAGAUCACCCAGUUCGUCAUUGCUCUUGGAUUCGUCUACUUUGCAUCCUACACCUACUUCACCUCGACAUACUUCCCAUGGAUGCCAAAUGCGGGCAACUGCGCUGGAGAGGAGUUCGCCGCUUUCUCUGGCAUUGCUGUCAUCAGCUCCUACCUCGUCCUCUUCAUCUCUUUCUACUUCGCAACCUACAAGAAGGAUGGCAAGCGCCCAACAGGCCGCAAGGCUGCCCGCUCCCUCAAGGAUGCCGAGAUCCCAGACGUCGCAGCCCUUACCCACGGCAAGAUCAUCCCCGGAUUGCAAAAUGGCAACGCCAAAUCUUCCGGCUCCAGCCCUAACGGUCGCACCACAAGAUCCCGCAAGGCUUAG